AACUGCUGGAUCAACUAUAUGGUGUGGUCUAGAUCUACUCUUACUGUAAAGUGUCUUGAGAUAACUUAAGUUAUAAUUUGACACUAUAAAUGAUAUAAAAUUGAAUUAAACAUCCAGAUCUCAGAGAUUGACGUUGACAUGUUGAAUUGUAAUGUAGUGGAAUGAUCCUUUAAAGCUCUGCAGUACCCAUCAGACAGCAGAAGGCGGCAGCACGGCGUCCCAAUCAGAUUGAGACACCCACCCCAACCCCCCCAUUACAUCUGUCUGCAGCUGCUUCACUGCACCUCCGACUCCAAAUAGGAAGCUGCCGUGCUGCUGUUGGGUUCCUCCCCAGGUAUACAAUGCACCUUCUGGUUCUGGUUCUCCUGUCGGCCGGGGGCACUGAAGGCAGGGGGGUGGGCAGCGGCUGUCCAGCUGUGUGCAGGUGUGAAAGCGGUGGGGCGCUGCAGAGAGUAGACUGCGUGGAUGCCGGGCUGACAUCAGUUCCCUCCAACCUGAGCAGCUUCACCUCCUCUCUAGAUGUGAGUAUGAACGAGCUGUCGGAGCUUUCUGCCCACGUCUUCGGGAGCCUCCACCUCCUGCUUGAGCUAAGUCUGCAGAACAAUCAUCUGAAGAAGGUUCCGUCUGAAGCUUUACAGAACCUCAAGAACCUGCGUUCUCUACGUCUGGAUGCUAACUUGCUGUCCCGUCUGCCGGCCGCCUCCUUCAAAGGCCUGCGGUCUCUCCGCCACCUGCGGCUGGAUGACAACGUCCUGACGCAGGUUCCCGUUCUGGCUCUCAGGGACCUGCCGGCGCUGCAGGCUCUGACUCUCGCCCUCAACGACAUCCGCCACGUCCCUGACGGAGCGUUCAGCGCCCUCGGACAGCUGCUGCUGCUAGACCUGAGCUUCAACAGGAUCAGCAGUUUCCCUGCAGCCAUCAGACACCUGAACAACCUGAGAGACUUGAAUCUCCAGAACAACAACAUCUCAGUCGUCCCAGGAAACAGCUUUUCUGGAAAUCCUUCCAUCGAGGCAAUAAAUAUCCAGAAUAAUCCUCUUCACACUGUGGGACACUCGUCUUUCCAGCUGCUGCCAGACCUCCAAACUCUGUCGCUGAGUGGAAGCAGCAUCGCAGAGUUCCCAGACUUCACUGGGACCAACAGACUGAAAACCCUCUCCAUCACAGGCAGCCACAUCUCCACCUUACCUGACAACAUGUGUGAGGAGCUGCCCCACCUGCAGAGGCUGUAA